UAGCCUGCUCAAACGGCAGGGCGCGCUCACUGACAUGUUGAGUAAAGUAGCGCCGCAACUUUGUCGAUAAAGAAGAUAAACAUAUGUUCUUCCGGCGCGGCCACGAGCGAAUUCUCUUCAUAUAAAUUAAAAAGGUGUGUCGUUCAGGUCGAAAAUAGUGCGAAAAGUGGAGUGUUCUUUUGAGUUGAAAACCUUCAUUGCGGGACCGCAGAAAUGUUCAUCUUCGUCAGGCUCAAAUAAGGAUCCAACUUACGACGUCUAAAAUAAAAAUAAUGGGUGUUAGAGGACUUCAAACCUACUUGGAAAAAUACUGUCCUCCUGGAUGUUUUCAAAAGGUUAACAUCGAGGAUCUCCUUGAGCAACACAGACAGGAGACUGGUGAGGAACACCCGGUUAUCAUUUUUGAUGGAUCGUCUUUUGUGCCGUUUUUUUAUCGUGAUCUUGACUGGGUAGCAGGAGGCCAGUUUAAGGAAUUUUUAGAAAAACUUGGAAAAAUUGUAGAUGGAUUUCGGGAGCUUGGAGUGCGUCAAGUGUAUUUUUUUGAAGGAGCAAAGCCGGAAAGAGACAAAAUUCCUGAAUGGCGCUGGAAAAAUACGGAGCAAAUAGAAGCGAUUAAUCAAGUGUUCGAUGCUUUAAAAAAAGGGACUCAAGUCGUUGAUCUGAAGCCUGUCUAUUAUACACCAACUUUCCCUUCAAAUUUAGGAUUUUCACAUUAUUUAAAGGAUUUAUUUGGCGUUGAAGUUCUCAUAUCUAGCAGAAGAGAAGUUGAGGUGGUGGAUUUUGCCAAGAGGAAUAACUGCUUUGCAAUGUUCUGUCAAGACACCGAUUUUAUCAUUUAUGGCGGAGCAAAAUAUACGCUAUCGGCGAUGCAUUUCCAGCUGGAGACAAUGAGCACGUACAAUUAUGACAGAAACUUGUUAGCCAGUCAUUUGGGAAUACAAGUGACUCAACUUCCAAUAUUAGCAACUUUGAGUGGGAAUGGUUACGCAGAUUAUGAGGAUUUGAGGAUAUUCCACCAGGCGCUCUGCAAGGACAGCUAUCGACCAAGUUAUAAAGUGUUGUUCCCAGCUUUGGGUAGGUACAUCCAAAGGUUGCCAAAAGGGCAAGCACUCUUUGAGGCACUCCCGCGAAUAGCCAAGGAGGUUUUGCACGCCACGGAAAAAGCCCGCAUUCUCAAAAAUAGUAUCUGUAGUUACUCAUUUGAGUCUGAAGUGGGUUUACAUGCUCCUACCGCAGCCAAUUACCCUCAAUGGGAGGAAAUUUGCAAAAAAGCUGAGGAGCUCCACAUUGAAAACCUCAAUACAGCGGUCAUUCUAAAUAUUUUGAGAGGGACGCCUUAUCGGUGCACUGUCAUUCUGGAGGAUCUCCGUGAUACCUCUUUGCCCCCCAGUGGUAAAUUGUUCCGGCCGAUGAGACAGAUGCUUUUUGGAAUACUUCUCGCAGAGAGACCACCAGAACUUGGAUCUCAACUAUUUCAAGAAUGGAGCACAGAAAAACCCGAUUGUUCGGGAGAGUUCAAGGGAGAGUUGUACUUGGUAAAACCACAGCUGCCGGCAGCUCACCAUCCGGGACUUCUGGCACUGUGGGGAGAGGACAGGUCGGAGGAGAUGCAAAAAAUCAGGUGGAAAUUAUUCACUCAGGCUGUUUCUCCAAACUUGAACUACCAUGAGCUAAAAAGCCUCCCGGAAUAUUUGGUACUUUCAACGCCUGUUUUAGUUUACUUGAAGGAACACACGGAGAUGGAAGAAUGGGAAAUAAAUGCCUUGAUUGCAACAGUGGUCACACUACCCCAUGAGCCUCUCAACUAUCUAGCAGAAUUACCAUCAGACCCCAUUGAUGUUCGGGCGGUGAUUAUUGCCUCCAUAUUUAAGCGCGGCUUGCAAACUGUUUUCAGACUUUUGAAUGCAUGCGGUUUCCCAUUCCCGCGAUCAAAGGUAUUUCAACACCCUUACUUUGACGGGAAACUUUUUCAAGAAAGGUACCGGAAAGCGAAAGAUGGAGCGAAAUUCUUUGAUCUCUGUGGCGGUCGGGUAUCAGGAUUGGAAAAAUUCCAUAAUGUCAGAGCCAUCGUUUUCAAGGAUUCGCCGCAUUGAAGGCAAAAGAUGAAACUUCUAAACCUGCGGAUCUUCGCUCUUGGAUGUACACAGUAUCUAUCUUGCUUUUUUGUUGGUUGCAACAAUUAAAAACGCAUCAUACGAUGAUUUACUCAAUUGUUUACUUAUUUUACUCAAGUGAAUACUAUUUGGAAAUAUUUGUUUAUUUUUGUACUAAGUAUAAAGUAAGUUUUGAGUUUUAGCA